AUGAGCAGUGAAGACAAACCAUCGACGUCCAACACGAAAAGCCUGAAGAAUGCCAGCCACAAUAGCUUCUUCGGGCAAGGAGAUCAAAUAGAGGUUCUGGCUAAAGAAGCCGAAGAGUUGCGAAAGAAACUCGAUCAAGAACGUCAGAAACUCAAUGAUAUUCCGAUCCAACAGGCGGCAGAACGUCUGGAUCCACUGCCAAAUCUAGGUAUCAAGCAAAGACGAAUUUUGAAAGGUCAUGCCGGUAAAGUGCUAUGUAUGGAUUGGACGGCAAAGUUAUUGUAUGGGAUGGCUUCACAACGAAUUAAGGACAUGCUAGGAUUAGAUAACAAAUGCAGUGUUUUUCCGUUGUCUUUCGAAGACGAUAUCCUGCAAAAGAAACGUAGUGUAGCAACUCAUACGAGCUAUAUGAGCUGUUGCAUGUUUCUUCGCUCAGAUAACUUUACUACUAACUGGCAGCGGCGAUUCAACGUGUGCCAUUUGGGAUGUCGAAAGUGGACA